GAAGUCAUAGAUUCGAGAGUUUGGUAACGUAGCUUCACUUCGCUCGAAUUGACCUGAGAGAGAGAGAGAGAGAGAUGAGCAGCAGCAGCGCCCAGGUGGCGCACUCACUGGCCUUCAGGGUGAUGCGCCUGUGCAAGCCGUCGUUCCACGUGGACACACCCCUCCGGUUCGACCCCUGCGAUCUGAUCGCCGGCGAAGACCUCUUCGACGACCCCGUGGCCGCCUCUCACCUCCCUCGCCUCCUCAACAACCACCCCUUCUCCGCCCCCGACUCCGAUCUCACCUACCGCUCCCGCUUCCUCCUCCACGAUCCCUCCGACGCCAUGGGCCUCUCCGGCCUCCUCGUCCUCCCCCAGGCCUUCGGGGCCAUAUAUCUGGGGGAGACAUUUUGCAGUUACAUUAGCAUCAAUAACAGUUCCAAUUUCGAAGCCAGGGACAUUGUAAUUAAGGCAGAAAUUCAAACCGAAAGACAGAGAAUAAUGCUUUUAGAUACAUCAAAAUCACCUGUUGAAUCAAUACGUGCAGGAGGCCGUUAUGAUUUUAUUGUGGAACAUGAUGUGAAAGAACUUGGUGCGCACACGCUUGUUUGUACUGCUAUGUACAAUGAUGGGGAUAGCGAACGUAAAUAUCUUCCACAAUUCUUCAAGUUCUUGGUUGCAAAUCCACUUUCAGUUAGGACAAAGGUCCGUGUUGUCAAGGAAACUACAUUUUUGGAGGCCUGCAUUGAAAAUCAUACGAAAUCCAACCUUUAUAUGGAUCAAGUUGACUUUGAGCCAGCUCAGCAUUGGAGCGCAACGAUCCUUAAAGCUGAUCAGCACCAUUCAGAGAAGAGUUUGACAAGAGAGAUAUUCAAGCCACCCAUUCUCAUAAAAUCAGGGGGAGGAAUUCACAACUAUCUUUAUCAGCUAAGAUCAUCCUCACAAGGGUCAAUGCCAAUGGAAGUUGAGGGGAGUAAUAUCCUUGGGAAAUUUCAGAUAACAUGGCGUACGAAUUUGGGUGAACCAGGGCGUCUGCAGACACAGCAGAUUCUUGGUAGUCCCAUCACACGCAAGGAGAUUGAGUUACAGGCAGUGGAAAUACCUUCGGUCAUCAUCUUGGAAAGACCAUUCCUGGUACGCUUGAAUCUCACGAACAAGACUGAUAGGAAAUUGGGUCCUUUUGAGGUCUGGAUAUCACAAGGUGAUUUGGCUGAUGACAAAGUUGUUAUGGUUAAUGGUAUUCAAACAUUGGCUUUACCACAGGUGGAAGCAUAUAGCUCUACCAUUUUCCAGCUGAACCUAAUUGCUACAAGACUCGGGGUUCAGAAAAUCACUGGCAUAACUGUCUUCGACACAACAGAAAAGAGAACAUACGACUCUCUGUCAGAUUUGGAGAUAUUUGUUGAUUCAGAUCAAUUGGUCAAAAGUACCAUGACUGGAUCCACUCUAGGGGCCAAUUUGGUUACUAUUUUGGACGCGCAUUGAUCUUUCCACAAGGGUAGAUGCCAUGAUGUUGCUGCAUGUUGUAAAAGCUUUCAUUUGAUCCAAACAGAUCGGAAACAGAUUCACUGCAAGUUGUCUGGUUCUGAAGAAAAGCCUUCUGUACCCCUUAAGGCAAGCCUUAUCGGAUUCUCGUGUUUUCUAAGUCACUCCCUGUUUCAUUAACUUAUAGGGUCAAAUGUAAUUGGUACGUUCACUGGGGAAAACUGGCUCUGAUCAUUCCAACUUCCUUCUCACUGCUAGGAUUUUUGGAAACUUAUGCAGGAAAAUAUAGAACUGAGCCAGUUUAUGAAAGCUGCUAUAGUUAUUUCUGUUUCCUAAAAAUGUCAUUUGUUGCUCUAGGGUUUGUAUCUAGUAUCUACAUAUUAUCACACUGACCCAUUUGAUUGCAAUUCUAGAAACUUAUGUUCAA